AUGAAAUUUUUCAUUAUAUUAGCCUUUGUUGGAUUCGCCUCAGCUGUUUCUCUAAGGCAAGGUCCAACUGCAGAAUGCACUUCAACCAAUUGUUUCAUCUUUAAUGCAAACAUGGACGAUAAAAAAUUAAAUGAAAUGAUUCCAGAUAGUGAUGAUAAAAUUUUAGCUGUGAAAUUUACAUCUUGUUCAUUGCACUCAAUUCCCAAGACAAUAUUUUCUAAAUUUCCGUCACUUCUGUGCAUAAUGGCGACCAAUCCUGGUGUUCGUGAAUUUGCAAACAAUACUUUUAGGGAAGCAUCGAGUCUACAGUUUCUUUACCUUCCUGGAAAUAAAAUCAGAAUACUGCCAAAAUAUUCUUUCGAAGGUGCUACAAAUCUCAAUGAAAUCAAUUUAGCUGAAAAUCGAAUUGAAGUAAUAAGUCCACAUGCAUUUAAGAAUUUAGAACAUCUCGAAAAUCUGAAUUUAAGUAAGAACCUAAUCAACCUGUUCGAGCCAAACACUUUCAAUCCGCUAGUAAGUUUAAUGAAUUUGGAUAUUUCUGGAAAUAUGCUUGAAUUUUUGGACGCUUCAAUGUUCAUGGAAAACGAUAAAUUAAAUGGAAUCAACAUUGCUAACAACCGGAUCUCUGCCAUAUCAUUUGGAUUUUUGUACACACUGCCACAAAUCAGAGUUUUUAACGUGAUGAACAAUCCAUGCACAAGAAAAACUAUCCUGGAGAACAUGCCAUUGAUUAAGAUUGUCGAUGGGAAGAAUCAAAACACUGAUUAUGACUACGCUUUGAAACGAUGCUAUUACAACUCCAUCGAUAAGUCUGACGCUGAAAAGACGGACUUUCUCAUACUUUUGGAAUCUGUUGAACUUGCACGCGAAGAUUAUGAAGACGAAGUUGUCGCUGAUCUCAACAACGAAAUAGUUGAGAAGCAGAGAGUCAUCGAUGAAAUGAUUUCAUAUGAAUACGAUUUGAAAAUAUUUGGAAUCUCCUUGAUUGCUUUCGUUCUUUUCGUAGCCCUCUGCAAAUGGAUUUUCAGCUUGAUUAUCUCACCUGAUGAAGAAUCCAAGGAGUAUAUGGAAGAUUUCAAAGAGAAAGAAGCUGAAGAACUUACACUCUUACGUCGUGAACCAAUCAUCUACACAAUCGUAUCAGAGAAGUCCGAACGUUUUUAA